AGGGGGCGCGAUGAGCACUCCUCUCACCGUCUCCGCGCCGCUGUGUAGCUGGCUGCUCGCGGCAUGCUACACAAGAACAAUGGCGGGGAUCUCUGGAAUGGAGCAGCAGCCGGGCGCCAAUGCAGGCUUGACAGGCAGGGUGAGCAGCAGCAGGAGAUCCGGGAGGCGGAGCGCCAGAUCUCGCAGCGCCGCCAUGCUGCACCAGCGGAUUGUGGCAGCGGCGGGGACCAUGGGGAGCAGCAUGGUCGCGUGCCUCUCUUUCGAGGCUUGCCCUCACUAUCGCAAUGCCAAGUGGUCAUCGUUCUUGUGGGAGGAAGAAGCGCGGAUUCUUGGCUCCCCUCAGCGAAAGAGGGCAAGCAAGACGAGAUGCGCCGCUGCGAUCACAGAUCGACUCGUGGCUCCCGAAAAGGAUGCGGGCGAGGAGAGUAGGAGCAGCACCUCCGUUCGAGACAGAAGGGUUGUGAUCACAGGAAUGGGUCUUGUUUCCUCUCUUGGUAAUGAUCCAGAUACCUUCUACGACAACCUGCUUGAAGGAAACAGCGGGAUCUCGGAGAUCCAAAACUUCGACUGCCAGGAGUUUCCCACGCGGAUUGCUGGAGAGAUCAAGGACUUCUCUGCUGAUGGCUGGGUUGCUCCAAAGUUUUCGAGACGCAUGGACAAGUUCAUGCUUUACCUCCUUACCGCUGGCAAAAAAGCGGUGGCCAAUGCUGGAAUCGCUGGCGAUGGCUCAGUGGAGCUUGACAAGAGCAAGUGUGGAGUUCUCAUGGGGUCCGCCAUGGGCGGCAUGCAGGUCUUUAACGAUGCCAUCGAAGCUUUGAGGGUCUCGUACCGCAAGAUGAACCCGUUCUGUGUCCCAUUUGCUACGACUAACAUGGGUUCAGCAAUGCUGGCCAUGGAUCUGGGAUGGAUGGGUCCAAACUAUGCAAUCUCGACGGCGUGUGCUACCAGCAAUUCGUGUAUAUUAAGUGCUGCAAACCACAUCAUUCGAGGGGAAGCGGACGUCAUGGUCUCCGGCGGGUCGGAUGCGGCGAUCAUUCCAAUUGGUCUUGGAGGAUUUGUCGCUUGCAGAGCACUGUCACAGCGAAAUGACGAUCCCAGUAAAGCGUCACGUCCCUGGGAUCGGGAUCGGGAUGGCUUUGUUCUUGGAGAAGGUGCAGGCGCCCUUGUUCUGGAGGAACUGGAGCAUGCAAAGAGACGAGGAGCAGAAAUCUAUGCUGAAUUUCUCGGCGGAAGCCUUACAUGUGAUGCGUAUCAUGUGACUGCAGCUCAUCCGGAAGGCACUGGAAUGCUUCUUUGCAUUGAAAAGGCGCUGGACCAAUCCGGCGUGAGACGGGACGAUGUCAACUAUGUUAAUGCUCAUGCCGCGUCGACAAGGUCUGGAGAUGUUCAAGAGUACAAAGCCAUAAUGCAGUCCCUUGGCGACAACACUGAGUUGAGAGUCAAUUCAACGAAAUCGAUGAUGGGUCACCUUUUAGGAGCUGCAGGAGCGGUAGAUGCCAUAGCCACUAUCCAGGCUAUCAAAACAGGUUGGCUGCAUCCCACCAUAAACAUCGAGAAUCCGGAGAAAGAUGUGAAUAUGGACUACAUUGUGGGAAGCCAAAAGCAACGAUUUGAUGUGAAAGUUGCGCUCUCGAACUCUUUUGGAUUUGGGGGACACAACUCGUCAAUUUUGUUUGCCCCGUAUCAGGAUGAAAGGUCUGAUAACUAGGUAGAACGUGAGCUGUACCUUCUUUUCCUGCUUAAAACUUGUUGCUACCCCCUCGGCCAUCCUUUUC